AUUGAUCUUCUUGAAGGUGACCUUGGAACUGUUGGAUCCAAAAUUUGUUGGACCUAUACCCUUGAUGGGGAAAAGAAGAUUUCCAAACAAGUACUUGAAACUAUAGAUCAUGAAAACAAGGUGCUCACGCUCAAAGAAUUCGAAGGAGAUGUAGUUGAUAUAUAUGAUAAUUUUAAAGCAACUCUUCAUAUCGAAACAAAAGAUGAAAUCGAUUUGGUUUGCUGGACAUUGGAGUAUGAAAGGCCAAAUGAUAAUGUCCCUGAACUUGAAAGUUUGUUGAACUUCAUUGUUGGUAUGACCAAAGCUAUUGAUGAUCACCAUAACAACUGAUGAAUUGCUCGGACUUUUCAAAAAUUUCAUCAGAUGCAUGUUGAAUCCUUAAAAAAAAAAAGAAUGCAUUUUGAUGAAUCAAACACUUAUUUUUAGAGAAUUCGAGCAACUUAAUUAGGAUGGGAUCAUAAAUAAAUACCCUAUGCUUUGUUUGUUGUUUAAUUUGUCCAUGUUUGGUUGUGUAUUUUUUUUUUUUUUUUUUUAUGUUUGUUGUGUCUUUCUCAUGUAAAUCAUAUAUUGUCAACUAUGUAAACCUUUGUGUUGUGUAAUAAGACAUAGGUGUGAAGUUUAUAUAUAUUGAUCUUCGACUC